UCUGCUUGGGUGUCACUCCCAGCAGUGUCAGGGGCCAUGUGGCGCUGGAGAUCAAACCCAGACUCUGGCUCUUUGUGGUAUCCACCCCCCAACCCCCAUUUUUGAAAUCAGACUCCAUUUUGAUUAAGUAUCUUCUUGCACACAGUCAAUGACCUUCUUGGCGUUGUGGGUCCGGUUGGUUUUUAUGAGGAAGUGGCCCUGCAGUCAGGGGUGAGUGUUUUUGGUUUGAUUGUUUCAGAGGCUGAGCAGUUGUGCGUUCAUUCACAGGCUGCCCAGCUUUCUUGCAUUUUGCAACUGUGAGUUCCAGGGUAAUUCACGAGGACUUUCCGAGCCAGAUGGGAGUGAACAGAGUCACCCUCGGAGCCUGCGUCUUCAGGGGCUCCUCUGCUUACGGCUCUUGCGUCACAGCAGAUGCCACGGCCCUGGGGCGGCCCAGAGGCAGGGCCAGGGCUCCCCUUUGCCAGCGAGGGGCUUGUCGGUGACUGGGGUGGGCGCCCUGCCGGCACGGAACAUAUUUGACUCGACAGCACCCACCGUGCUUGGAGGUGUGACCGCUGGACCCCCGAACCUCCGAACACGGCCAGGCGUCUCCCUGCACUGCGGACUCUGGAGUUAGGACCCAGGGGGACGUCGCCGCGCUUACGGGUUGGCCUCCCGCUGCCCUGUUCCCUGGUCACUCGCCCGGUUCUUCCCGGUCAGCUUAGGGCUCCAAGUAUUGGCAUCGCCUGGGACAGGCGGGGACACAGAAGCUUUUAGUUUGGGGCGCCAGGUCACUCCUGCUGGAGCUCAGAGGGCCGUCUGGGGUGCCAGGGUCGGACCCCGGGGUGACAGUGGGAAAGGCACGCGCCCUCCCUGCUCAGCUCUCUCUGACCCUGGAGUCUUGAGCACUGGCCGUGGGGGGACUUAACGUCUGAUGAGCGGGUAGUAGAGAUGUUUCUGGAAGGCCGGGUCCCCUCUGAGCCCACCCGGGGAGCUCCAGGGCACCUGCGGAGAGGGCAGGGGAGUCCGAGUCUCUGCUGUGGGCACGGUGCCGCCAAGAGUGUCCAGAGGGACAGGCGUGUCGAGGGCAGUGGGCAGCGCUCAGCAAGGCUCUCCGGUCAGCCCCUGUCCCACAACGGGCCUCCGUGAGUCCCUCGGGAAAACGGCUUUCCUGCCUGUGUUCUCACGGGCAGCGCGUGUGCCCGUGUCACCCUCCGCCAGGGGUGCCCGGUCUCUCGGUGCUCCCGGCCUCCUGGCACCGUCCUCCUCCUCCUGCUCCUCUUCCACCUCUCCCCCUUCCACUCCUCCUCCUCGCGCUCCCCUUCCCGUCCAUUUCCUCCUCUGCCUCUUCGCCUUCUCCUCCCGUUCUCCCUUCACAGUUUGGGAAAUAAUACCUUCCUAGAAAGCGCCCAGAGACUUUGACCCGGCCCCCGACCGGGAGGCCCCUGAAGCCCCUCCCCGUCCCCCAGCUCCCUCUGUCCCCCGGCCAGCAACUGAGGAAGGAGCCAGCGGCCCCUCUCGGGGUUUCAUUCCAUCACACAGAGGGUGCGGCGGGGGUGACGCGUGGGGUUCCAUGGAGAACCAGGGACCUCCGCUGUGCCCAGGGGCAGGGCCCGCGCCCUGGCCUGGCACAGAGUGGGGCUCCGGGGGGAGGCGUGACCCCCGCUCUCCGGCCAGCCUGGCCAAAACUCUCCCGCGGUCAGCUGCCUCGACGGACGCAGCCUCCCCUGCCCUGACCCUCGUCCUGGUCCUGGCAGCCGAGAAUGGCUUCCAAGAAACAUCAGUGACACUAUCAAGGGGGGCCCAGGGGAAUUCAGGGUCAGCAAAGAUCAAGUGAACCACUUCUGGGUGGGGAUUUCCCGCGCGGCCCCGCCCCCCGUGUGAGUCACUGCAGGCCCUCCGGCUGCCUGCAGCCUUGAACCCACUCACACUAGCAGAGCCAGCGGCCCACCCGGUGCGAUCAAGCUCUUUAGCUCUGCGUCUCGCCUCUGCCGUCUGGGAGGAUGUGCUGAGGGCUUGAGAGGCCGGGAGCGCGGUGCGGGGCUCCCUCUGCCUGGCCGGGCAGGACACAGAGCCGCUGCAGCCUGCAGGCGCGUCUGCCUCUGAAGCGGGCACGCGUCCCCUCUGCAGGCCGGCACUGUCCCCCGGGUGCGACCUCGGGCUCGCUAGUGGUUCUGGUGACACCAGCGGCUCCCGUUAGAAAGCCCAUCGGCACCCGCUCUGCGAGGGCCGUCCCCGGGCCCCGCCAUGGGCAAGGGCUGCGCCAACGUGGUGCUCACGGUGCUGCUCGUCACGAAUCUCGCCAAGACCGGGUCUCUGCCGGGCCCGUGUAGCGCCUGCGCGGCGGGUACUUUCUGUGGGAAAGCCGCAAACCAGACUUGCUUCCGCUGCCCCCCCAACAGCUUCUCCAGCAAGAGUGGGCAAAAGGCCUGUGACAUAUGCAGAACGUGUGAAGGCGUCUUCAGGACCAGGAAGCCUUGCUCUGAAACCAGCAACACAGAGUGCGAGUGCGUGCCCGGCUUCCGCUGCGUGGACGCCGGGUGCACCCAGUGCAAACAGGACUGUGCAGAAGGGCAAGAGUUAACCCAGGAGGGUUGUAAGGACUGUGCCUUUGGGACAUUCUACGACGAGGAGCGUGGCGCCUGCAGAGCCUGGACAGACUGCUCUCUGGCUGGAAAGUCUGUGCUGGCCGCUGGAUCGAAGGACAGAGAUGUGGUGUGUGGCCCGGACCCGGCAGACUUCUCACCGGCGGCACCGUCCACCACCAGGCUCACGCCUGCCGGAGCACCAGGCCACGCCCCCCAGUUCCUCGUUGUCCUCCUCCUGCUGAUGUCCACCGCAGUCAUCAUCCUGGCGUUCGUCCUCAUGCUCCGCCUCUCCGUGGUCAGACACGGCUGGAAGAAACUCUUGGACCUGCUCAAACAGCCCUUCUUCAGUCCAGUCCACACCUCCCAAGAGGAAGAUGCCUGCAGCUGCCGCUGUCCCGAGGAGGAAGCAGGGGAACGUGUGCUGUGACGCCAGCAUCCAGCCGGCAGCGUGUCCGCGAGCGAAGCGAAGAGAAAGCUUAAUGGACAGGCGCCAUCCUGGACCCACUCAGAAGGCCCCGAGUCUCCGCCACACACCCAGAAAUGCCCCUCAGCGCUGUGAGCAGGAGGGGGCAGGACUGGGGACAAGGGUCCUUCCCACGUGCUUCCCGCAGGCCCGGCCACUGCACUGCGCCAGGAAUUCUAUUCGGAUUGCAAUCAGGAGGUCGGUGACCCAGCUGAAGCCAUCGUCAAAGCAGUUUCCGUUGUUUGCCCUGUGCUAAUGUGAUAUAACUGCGGCCAGAGGAGGCAGGAAAUUGCCCCGACCCGAUUCCCACUGGCCAUUCAGCCGGUCGGCACGAGGCCCAGGCGGACGGACCUCGAGACUGGGGUCCGGGCAAGGAAGUUGGAAAGAUGCCCAGCGUCCCUGCGUGUCCUGGGGCUUCCCUGGCCUCGUGCCAACUUCCUUGGGCUUUGGUUGGAUUCUUAAAAAUGCAGAAAGUCAGCUGUGAUGGCCAGCGGAGGAGCCGGAAAGAGAAGGGGUGCCGGGACCCGGAGCCGGCACCGCCAGCCUGGCACUUCCGGGCCGAAACAGAAGUUUGCUUUCAGGACCGUUGGGCUGGGAAUGUUUUUCUCCCGAGCGUGACUGUCCUCAGUCAGCCCGACCUGCACCCCAGCCUGGGGUCUGCACUCCCUUGCUUACAGAGAGAAACAAUGUCUGCUCUCACAGUGCUCCCCACUAUCAGCGUCACGCUGUCCCGUGUUCGGAGCUCUGCAGAAUAGCGCUGUGUUUCCGGCGCU